GCUUACAUGAAGCAGUGAGCUAUAGAUUGUGGCACCGUACCUGAGAAUUUUUUUGGAAAAAAUAAUUCAAUAUUUGUACUUUUUUAGUAGAAAAGUAUUUUUCAAAUGUUAAUUGUGUUCACUGUCAGUCCUGUCAGUCUGUUUGAAAUUUGUUAUUUUUAAAAUUUUGUGUCCAGACGUCAAAUGGCUUGUACUACUCGGCGUUUGAUACAGUUUAAUUUGUGCAAAAAAUGUACAAAAAGAUGGGUGCCAAGAUUUCUGACCACAGAAUCACAAGGUUUGCUUUUAUCGUAUUAUUAAAAAUUACUGACAUUUUAAUGCAUUUUAUCAUUUAUGAAUAUUACAUGUGAAUUGUAGGGUAAGGGUGGAGUAAGUGGGUCAGGUGGGGUCAACUCUAAAACAAAACACAGUUUAUAUCAGAGUGAAUCGAUUGUUUGUUAUUAGCCUUGUGUUUGGUGGCAAAUACGUGGGAUUUCGUAUCAUUUUUUCACUCCAGUACAGCAUAAGCAUCAAUACAUUUGAGGUUGACCCCCUGUAGUGAAAGCCAAGAAUAGCCAUGACUGAAUAGGCCCAUACCUGUCUUGACACACCUCCCAGACUGUAAUGUUUGGUCUUUUGGAACGCGUUCCUGUGCAGAAAUUUUAGCUGAAUUUCUGCCGGUGUGCGCAUUUUCAAGAAAAUCCUACAAAAUCAGCAUUUUUUUAAUGAACUGAUGAAACAGAUUUAUUUUGUCUCUUACGUGUUGGGCCUUGCGAAAAGGGGUAGAGAAAACUUUGAAAAUGUCAUUUCAUACAAUCUAGAGACUUUCCCACUCGACACCAACCAUGUGGUCGUUGUGGAAGUUAUGCAACCAUUCCGAAAUGUUCAUCGAGGGGAGAUUGCCUAUAUACCAUGCACGAUUUAGAGUGGCUUUAUUAUGGCACUCAGUUGUAACACUGUUCAGUGGUGCCAUGGGACCCAUGUUUUUUUGGGGGGGCCAAGGCCAGUACUUUUCUGAAAAACCCAAAAAAAUUUUCCGAUAAACCAAAAAAUUUUCCGGACGACAACUUUUUAACUCUUCACCCCCCCCCCCCAUCGACAACUUUGACAAUUUCCGACAACAGUGACAAUUUUCCAACGGAUCUCAACAAUAGGGGGGCCAUGCCCCCCCCCCCGGCCGGCCACGGCGCCACUGACACUGUUACAAGUGUUACACAGUGUUAAACAAUGUUACAUAUAAGUUCUUUGAAUGUUUGCAUGGCGAUAAAAUAUAAUUGUUUUUGUUUGUGGAAACACCACGUAAAUUUAUUACUGCAAAGCUUUCGAUCUGUAAGCCCGGAUCUUCAUGUCAGUGCUAAUAAUAUGUGACUUGUUUAAUUCACACGCUCUUUUUAUAUACAAGAGUGUCGUGAUCUGUUGGCUCCCUAGAACAUGUUGCUAUUAUUAGAGAUUUCCUCCCUUCCUAUUCCCCAGAUAGUGCAAAUUUUCUCCACAGCGAGGGUGUGGAUGUAUUCUGGUAUGACCAAUUCUUCACAUUUGUAUGUCAUUCAGAAAUACCACUACAGCUAGAAGAAUAUGAAUUUGAAGAUAUGGAAUACAGUGAACAAGAAAUCUUGUAUCCACAUCAUAUUCCUACCACUUGGUUUCAGAAAGGUUUACUCGCUGUUGGAUCUGGUCUGGCUGCCUUCUUUGAUCCAAAAAGAGAUGGUUAG